AUGCUCUCGCAAGUCAUAGUAAUACUCAGGGCGGCGGGGAGCUGCGGGCUGGCUCCCUUCGGAACCGUCCAGAGGAUCAGCUCGACGGAGGAUCAGGUGGGUGAAGGUGAAGAUGGUUUGGCCGUAUCUUUGGAUCGUCCCACCACUAGCCAACAACAACAAACGCACCAGGACAGGCGUAUGCGCUGGACACACGUCGACAACUCGACUGCAAUACGCGCACACUUUAUAGCUAUGAGGAUAGUAGGCGGCAGAGGAAAGACCUAUAUGCGUACUCUGAAUGAAAUAUGGAACAACAUGAGACCGGAUAGAAGAACAUACGCCCAACACAUAGCAAACAGAGUGCGUUGGAUAUUAGACGAAGAAAAACUACCGAGGACUGAACUUAGGAUGAUAGAAAGAACGUGCUGGCCGGACAGAAUUUUGAGAGAAGAUAAUACCGAGAUCCCAUCAGUAUGCGACCAUCAUGAAGAACAGGAAACCACAGAGGACAACGAAAAUGUGCGGGGAGAAGACACUGACCCUCAGGAUCAGAUUAGAACAAUUUUCAACAGAAACCUGAUUAAGUUCAGUGGAAUGGAUCCAAAAAGCAGACAAAAAAUACCACGACUUAAACCAAAUAAAAAGCUCAUUGAAGACGUUAGAGCAGUAGAUAAUAUUUUGUCUGAACUUUUGAGGAGGGACGACACUUUAAUAGAGGUGGUGGAAUUGGUCUAUACCGGUGCUAUUACUGUUGCUGAACUUCAGGGUAAAACAACAUCUAACAACCCAGAACGACCCAGUGGCGAUCCACCAUGGAAGAAGCGCCUAGAAAGAAAUAUUAAUCGACACAGGGGUAAACUGGGUAUUAUACAAACUUACCUUUCCACGCAGCAGCCGUCCAGAAAAGUCUUGAGGUCCGUGGGGGUGAUAGCCAGAGAGUGUAAACUCAGAUUCACGGCGGAUGACUUCCGUAGUAAGAUCAAGGUAACUGCAGAUAACCUAAAACAAAAAAUAAAGGCCUUAGGAUCAAGAUUGAGGCGCUAUAAUGAAAGAACUAAGAGGCCCACCGCCCACACGGGAGGCAAUGGAGGGCUUCUGGAAGGGGAUAUGGAGCACGAUGAGGGUGCUGAUUGGCUGCGUGAGAUUGAGGAUCAGUCGAGGGUAGAGAUGAUGCGAGAAAUUCAAAUAGAUGUGGCGGACGUAGAAUGGGUUUUGAAGUCCACGAACAACUGGGCCGCACCGGGUGUUGACAACAUCCACAAUUUCUGGUGGAAACACUUCAGGUCUGUCCACUCUAGCCUAGCUCGCCUAUUCCAACAACUUCUAGAGAAACCUGAGCUGGUCCCAGGCUUUAUGACUGCUGGACUGACAUAUAUGUUGACCAAAGGAGCCGAAUCAAAAGAUCCAAAAAACUACAGACCGGUUACAUGCUUGCCGACCAUUUACAAACUCCUCACAGGAGUACUCACCCGGCACAUCAACAACCACGUGAGAAGCCACAACAUCUUGGCAACUGAACAAAACGGAUGCAAAUCCAAAGCAAUGGGUGCCAAAGAACUGUUGAUAACGGAUGUUAUCAUCACGAAACACGCAAGAAAAAAGCUACGUAACAUCUCGGUAGCGUGGGUGGACUAUAAAAAAGCGUUUGACUCGGUACCCCACACUUGGCUGCUCAAGGUUCUGACAUUAAAUCCUCUCAGCACGCUCAUCAAUGAACAGAAAUAUGGAUACAUCCUAGACAAAAACAGAAAGAUCAAAAUAACCCAUCAACUAUAUAUUGAUGAUCUCAAAUUAUAUGCGUCCAAUGAAGAACAACUUGAAAAAAUGUUAGAGAUCGUGGCAACAUUUAGUGAGACCAUAAGAAUGGAGAUGGGGCUAGACAAGUGCGCAAGGCUAAAGGUCAAAAGGGGAAAAAUAUCUGAAAAUGAUUCCAACAUCUUGAAUCCAAAUGCCAUUCAGAACCUCGGCAUGGAUGAAACCUAUAAGUAUCUAGGUAUACAGCAAGCUCUAGAAAUUAAAAACGCUGAAAUGAAGGAAGCCUUUAGUAAGAAACUAUUUCAUCGGGUGAACCAAGUGCUCAAGUCCAAACUGAAUUCGAAAUCAUUGUUUCUAGCCUUGAACACAUGGGCAUUGCCCAUAAUGACGUACACCUUCGGGGUACUUACAUGGUCGACUACAGAACUGCGGGCUUUGGACACGAAGAUCCGCACCAUUUUGACGAAAUACGGAGUACAUCACCCUCACUCAUCCGUGGCAAGACUCUAUCUCCAAAGACAUCUAGGGGGAAGAGGGUUGCUUAACCUAGAAACAUCACAUAACAAAUCCGUAAUAAAACUAAGGGAAUACUUCAUGAAGCAGAACUUACCCUUUGUCAGAGCCCUCCGUUCGGUAGAUGUAGGAUGCUCCCCAUUACGGCUAUCGGAUUCCGACUUCGCGCUGCCGAUUCGCACUCAGCAAAACCUGCAGGAGGAAUGGAAAGCUAAGGUAUUACAUGGUAGAUACCCUAAUAAUUUAGACAACAGCAAUGUGAAUAAAAAAGAAUCCUUAACUUACCUUAAGGCGGGCUACCUGUUUCCUGAAACUGAGGGCAGGCUGCUUGCAAUACAGGAUCAGGUAAUUCCUACCAGGUCUUACCUCAAAAACAUAGCGGGGCAACAACUUACCUCUGAUCUAUGUAGAAAAUGCAAGCUGGGACGUGAACACAUCCAACAUGUUACGUCUGGUUGCUCCAUCCUCGCUCCGAGAGAAUACACGGAUGGACACAACCAAAUGGCAAAAGUUUACCAUCAGGCCAUGGCACUGAAAUUAAAACUAAUCAAAACUAAGAGAAAAAAUCAUCUAUACUCACCUGAGAAUGUCCUCGAGAACGAAGAAUUUAAAUUAUAUUGGGACACCACGAUGGUGACGGACAGGCCAGUGGCAAAUAAUCGACCGGAUAUCGUCUUACUGAACAAAACUGAAAAAAGCUGUGAGAUCAUCGAUAUUACGGUUCCUUCAGACGACAAUAUUUCAAGGGCAUACACUGAAAAAAUUACAAAAUACUUCGAUCUGUCGUUCGAACUAAAGGAAAUGUAUAAGCUCAAGAAAAUAUCUAUUAUCCCACUGGUGAUGUCGGUCAACGGACUCGUAGAGGAACAUCUUGUUGAUAACACAAAGAUGUUGGAACUUGACAUCUAUGUUGUUUCGAGUGCCCAGAAGGAAGUCAUACUGGGCACUACACGUAUCGUAAGGCGCUUCUUUCAUAGCUCUUGA